AUGGCAUCGACGGCAGGCGGCACAGCACAGAGUUUUCAGACAAGGCCGGCCGUGGGCAACCCCGCUCGUCGUGUGGUGUGCGAGUGCGCCAUGGAGAAUGGCUGGGCCGUCGUGGGUGUAUGGAGGACUAGAGAGCGGGCUUGCGUUAGUGACCCGGGGUGGGCGACAAUUUGCCCCAGCAUAAGAAGUAGCUCAGGCACUCGAACAGGCGACCAGGGCCCUUGUCACCGGCCGCGCGACGACAGUUGGGGGAACGUAAUCCAGUCUGGCGGAGGACAAGGCCAUGGAUGGAUGGAUGGAUGCGUUCGCACGUCGCCGAAGCGUGCUAGUGCAUGGGAUGCAUCGCAGUGUGUCGGCAGGUACCGGGCUCCUGCCCCAAGGCCGGGUGCGGGCAAAGGCAGCAAGAGAACGAGUGCGAGAGCGGGUGGGGGUCUAUCCAUGUCGCUGACCAGAGGCUCGCGUGUUUUGGGAGAAAGCGGGAGUUGGAUGCGAUGGGGCGUCAGGCCGGGCAGACACAAAUCAAAUGACGGCAUCAUGCCUGAGAAGUGCCGAGCCAAGCACCGCACGGCCGUCGCGUAUGCCGAGUUACUGGCGAUUCGCUUGGAGAUACAAGUCGUUUUACCACUACGAAUAUUUCUUAGUCGUCCCCAGCUCAGCUCACGCGACCAUGUGACUUGCCUAACUGCCUCGUCCUCUAUCCGCCUCGGCAUCGCCCCAUGGCCGGCCUGGGCUGCCGUCAUCGUGCAGCAAGUCACGUGUCGACGGGAACAUGCUCCGCGUGCACCCAAACACUGGGACAUGGGGAAGAGUCAUGUGACAUCUGUGUAG